GAAUUGCCUGCGGCGGAUCGCCCGACACGAUGAUCAGGAAUUCUCGAACCAAAGCAUUCUGAACGCCAUGGAAAAGUUUGUCAAGACAGUCAAUGCCAUGGACGAAACAAUACUCGUGCCCUGUCGGUUAAUGGAUCGAAAGGUUGGCGAUUCCACAGACACAAUGCCGGUGGAACAGCAACAACAGAAGCAACAUUCCCACCACCACGGUAAAAGGUCCGGCAAGGCGUCCGUCCGGGAUGUCCUGAACACAUCGGACCUGUUCAAGCUGUACAACAUGCUGAACGUGGUCAAAGUAGAUCUGCUCUGGGGCCGACAGGACGCCGACGAAGGCGUUGAGUCCCCGAUGGGAUCCACCACAGAGACGGCCGCCGAUGUGCGGUAUAAGCAAAAGUCGGCUUCGCCCGCUCCAGCAGCCGAUCAGCAGUCACAGAACUUGAGCAGCAGCAGCAGUACAGCGAGCGAAUCCGGCAGUAGUAUAAAGGGACACAUCCGCCGGCCAAGCACAGCGUCCAUGGCCUCGUCGAACAGUGGCAGCACUCUGAGCGAUUCCGAGAGCGAAAUCAGCGCAGAAAACGACUCCGGAAUCGAAUCGGAGAGCAACGUCGACCAGGACAAGAGCACCGAGCUGGCGAAGCAGUUCCGAACCCAUCUGCUGGGACUGUACCGAUCGCUGGAACAGAUGACCGAGGCGGCCAACUACCUGACGGCCAGAUAUCAGAGCGACGUCGGCCCGGUUUAAUUCCCGGUUAGGGCCUGUGCCUGCACGCUACUGAGAGAGAUAGAGACGGAAAAUGUUCCCCCGGUGAUAUAUAGGCAACAAUGUGUCCCCGAGACUACACGAAACGUGUUCGCGCAGCGCGCGUGCGCUUUGGCAUAACGACGAAAAAACCAAAUCUCUGUAUAAAGUUAAUCAAAGGAAUGAAAAAAGGCAAAAUUCUGCAGACUAGGAGCUAUCGAUAUCAGCAAACAAACAAUUCUAACGCAUGUGAAUGUAGUGUAAGGAGACUUAUAUUUUGUUCUUUUUAUAUCCGGCGUAAGAAUCCACAUCUAUUUUCUGUUUAGGUAGUAGAUGAGUGAACGUUUGUGCGAGUGCCUGUGAUGAGUAACCGAAGAGUGAGUCCUCGGUGCGCGACCCGAAUGAGUAGAUGAACGUACUAAUUCCUAGGGGAGGCGGUUUUAAGAGCCUCUCUAGACCUCUUUUCAGUUUAAAUGUAGAUCUGAGCCUGCGCAUGCGCCUGAGAUUCGAUUUCGCGUACGGCACCGGGAAAACAACUCAUCUUCAACUGGUUGUGUUUGUAUGUGUAGAGAACGAGAUGAGUUACCACCGCCGUGACACGGACGGUCACCCAUCCAAAUCGAAGUAGACUGAAUCCCGUACCCGAAACGAACACUCGCGCGCGCAUGCGCAGCCCGUUCUCACGCUUGCCUCAUUCGGUUUCGCGCCCUCUAGUUUAAUUUUUCAUCUUGAUCGGUGCAGAAAUCAACGAAAGAUGAUAGAUGUAUUUAGCUUAGACAACAAGAUGAAAAACUGAUAAUGUGGGAUAGAAGAUUAUUUAUUGUAAAAUAAUUGAACUGUGUUGUAACAUUUUUCUCUGAUUUUUUUUGUUUGCUCGGUUUUCUCUUACGAAAGGGUAUGUGCGUGUUUUAGGGGAUUAUAAUGUAAUUGAAACCGGAUAAAGCAAUCAGGUUCAGUAGGUUAGACCGACUAUGAACGAGGCUGGUAUGUGAAUGAAAAAGAGUGUGUUUCUUAUGAGAUUAUCAAAACGUUCAUAUACUGGGAGUGAGAUAAAAAUAAAAGUCAGGAAGUGCCAGCAGAGAGCUUAGAUUUUAGCGCUAAAAUAGGAAGAUCAGUGAUACAGUUGAAGGAUGUUAUCUCGAAUGGGAGAAAAAAAAAUUUGGAUCCGAAUGAAAGUAAGAUAUGUGUUUUCCAAAAAAUAUGUUUCAAAUUUGUAUAUAUUCGUUUCCUUAUCUAUAGUUUGUGUUUUUUUUCUACGUGACUGGUAAUAAGGCAAAAAGCUAAACGACUCUAUUUGGUCAACAGUUGCUGCAAAUGCAUCAAUCUGAGGGUGGCUUGGUUUCAAUAUUUGUCUGUCAUUCUGCAGGUAUGCUUUUAAGUUCAACUUAGUCAUUAAGGUGGCAGUAAGUAGAUUUGUUCGCCGACUAAGGAAAGGGGAUUGGCGUUCGUGAAUGUUGGCGUUGCGUAACUUGCAGCGAUGGUGCUUGCUCAUUAGGGUGCAACUUAUUGUUCAAAAGUCGUUGAACAUUGGAAUUCGUGUGCUCUCAAUCACACAAAACGAGAAAAUUCCAAGUUUCAGUAUGAAGAAAGAGCAUUGAGAAAAACAUGUGAAAUCCAUGUAUUUUGUAUAUUGAAAAUCUGUUAGAAAUUGCAAUGCUAUUACUCGUUCAUCCAACUUCCUGGCAGUUACGCCAUCUCUUAUUCUCAAUAGUUUCAGUUCAUUUACGUAGAUUGUUCUUUUUAUGUGAUUUAUGUGUAGAGUACACGAUUUUCAUUUCCCAACAACUUUCGAUCAAAAAGCCGCACCCUAUUGCUCACCCACCGUCGUGGACCUUGCAUGAUGCGAAGCGAGCUGGCAGAAAUUAUUGGCUCUCUUCUUUGCUUUUGUGCAAGACAAAUGAUCACACCGUGCGAACGAUUCACCUAACUGAAUAAUUAUCACUUGUUAUUAAGUCCCAGGAAUUCAAAUUUCGCGCCAUAUUUGCACGAAUAACGCACAUCAAAAAAACGACAGGAUUCACCAUUCCAAUCACAGCCAACCCAAAAUAAAGUUUCGCCCAAAAAAAUAAACCCUAAUUCAACCUUCACGCUUAGUGAACAAUCGCGCCUCAAUCGAAGUCUCAUCUCAGUUGGCCUUUUUUUCGCUCCUCUCUUCCCCUUGAGAAGCUUCACGUAAGAUUUCCUCAAUCGUUUACACAGCUCUUACAUCAGCAGGCGUUGCUUUAGCCGCAGCGCUCUUGUGAUCGGCAUGAGCAAACGCCUGCGUGACUUCCUCAUCAAUCGAAACCUUCAUACUUUCCCAGCUCCACAGCGUUUCUGCAGCUGCUGAUCUAUUGAUUGAAUUCGCCUCCGCGCGAAACAAACGACUGUUUGCUGAAUCUUUCAGCGGUUCUCAUUUUGCUCAAUUUUAGGAUUAAUUUUUAGCAGUUAAUUAUUUUUCGCAUUAAGCAUUUUUACGCUAAUUUUUCGUUUUUCAUUUCAAACUCGCAUCUUCCCCUCAACCUUCGUGGAAAAAAUGUCCCCAACUGGCAUGACCUUUCGAUUGUGCUACAUCCCUCACACUCUCAAAUUCUUCGAAAACCAAAGUCUUCUCUUCUUCAAACCGGCAAGUCAAGAGAAUGAUUUUUCGAUCAUUGACACUAUUGCUUCAUGAAAUUUGGUUGAAACGAGUUGGACUUCUUAACGAUUGGACACGCAACACGACAGAAGAAAGAAAAACCUGCGAAGAAAAAUGGACGACCCUAUUUUUUAUUCGUUCGCUAUCCGUUUAGUUGAAAGGGAAAUUGCAAUAAGUGGUAAAAUGAGUUGAGUGCAAAAUUCGUUUGUGAGGUGAGAGGAUUCCGAACAUACUACACUAAAAAAAACGAUGCGAUUGAGAUUUUGAUCGAUGAGGAAAAAAAAGCGAUAGGAACUAUUAAAAAUAAUAAUAAUCAAAUCAAGGCGAAACGGACAAGCAAAGUGUUUCAUGCUUUCUUUAUACUUUAGUACUGAUCCAUUCCGUUAACUUUAAUUCAAUUAUCACAUAGGAAAGGAAAGAUGAAACAGAAGCAGAUACAGACAGAACUACCCCUCUCGCGUUUACGGACCCGAUUUCAUACCUUCAAUCGACAGUUGUCGAUUAGUUAAUAACAAAUCAUAACCAAAUUCAAAAAAUACACCGUUGCUAAGGUGAUUAAGCGUGAGAGCACUAAUACGUGUGCGUGUGUGAAUGCACAAAAGCCCCAAGCGCACGCACACAAACCGAAAAACAAAGGAAUGCAUACAGCCCGCAUUUGGUCCGCAAACCACAAACACACUGACUGGGAAGCUUGAAGAAUGAUUUCAAUUCAAUAGAACAAGAAAAACAAACAAAUAUGAAAAACAUCAACACAUACAUCCAUUCAAAUAUAGGAAGAAGAAUGAAACACAGGAUUGAGAGAAACAACUAAUGAUAUAGAGAAAAUGUUAAAAAAUGAAUUAUAUUUCAGUAAUAAAACAAAGAUUUGAAAAUUUA